GGUAAUGAAACAAAUUUUUGAACAAUUCGGUCUCGCUUAUAUAUAAAGGUGAAAUGAUGAUGAUAGGAUUAGUUAUUGAUUGUCACUCGAGUUUAAAACUUUUGUAUCAACGGAUAACGUUAUUUCAGUUGUUUGUCAGCAAUCAUAGCGGCAAAAACCGUUGUCUUUGUGUGUAACCAAAUUACAACAGUCCAACGUGGAUAAAAUUGUCAAUGUUCAACUCCAAGUGAAGGAUAAAGAAGCAUGAUUAAGCUUCUUACGACCAUUGGGCUUGUGAUAUUUUUAAUACAAAGCGAGAUUCAAUGGGAAUCGUUAAUCAAUGCAUCAGAUGUUACAACUGAAAACAAUUCACUGUUGGACGGUGAUCCUUCAUCUUCCAAUGCUACUGUACCGUCAACACUUUCACCAAGUGACUUCUAUAUCAUUGACUUCAAUGAAACUGCUUCACCUCCCGAGUUGCCAAUUUUAACAAUCUCUUCAUUAUCACCAUCACCGUCAUCAUCUUUGACGUCCUCCGCUUCUUCGCCAUCACUAUUGCCAUCAUCUUUAAAUUCAGCAGAAUCCAUAUCAUCAACAUCAUUUAGUCUACCUACGGAUUUCAGUAAUUCAACAACGGCAAAUUUUUCAAUAACCUAUCGCCUAGAUGACCUUCAUUCAGAGGGAUCUUUCCAACACUAUCGCCAGGAUAUGGGUCCAUGGAUAAAACAUGAUUCAACUCAGGGUUAUGGCAAUCGUCCGUCAUCUCAAUCUUCAUCAGACUCUUCGAAUGAUGACUAUGAUGAAGACAAUAAACCAGUACACCGUUCAAACACUAAUUACAAUAACAGACCUGCUCAUCAACAUGAUAGGCCAUCAUCUCAUUUUUAUCCCACGUCAUCAUCAUCAUCGUCUUCCUCCUCUUCACCGACACCAGGAAAAUCUCAAAUAUUAAGACAUGAAUACAGUUAUCAACCAGUAAGUCGAUCAACCGGGUUUCAAUAUCAUGGACCACAAGCAAGGCAAUCUAAUGAAGACUCGGGUUCAAAUCGUGAAGAUUAUCGUAGAAUAAAUCGUAAAGAUUCAAGAAAAGAUCAACCACAUAAUGAAGGUAAUUCAGUGAGUGGACCUGUUGUCCGCCAUGAGUGGAUUAAUAUUGAUCAUGGAAGUUCAAGGUCAGAAGGAGCUGCUGAUGUUCCAAUUCCACUUCCGAAUUCUCAGCCAUCUAAUUCAUAUUCUAAUAGCAAUAAUAACCCUAAUAGCAACAAUAAUAACCAACAUCAAUCAAAAUAUCAACCUUCCGGUUAUCCAGCACCUCAACCAGGUUCACCUAAUCAACGUCAGUCUAAUCAAGCUUAUUCACCUCAACCUCAACCUCAAUCUACAUCUGAAUCAGAUGAUUCCUGGGACAAUAGCGAUGGAUCAAAUAACGAGGGUGGACCUUCAAUACAAUAUGACGAGCCUUCUCUAAGGCAAACAUAUGACGAGGAAACUAGUGAAAUGGAAGAGGAAGAUGAGGAAGAGGUUACAAAUGUACCUGAGGUUGUUGUAAAACAUCAUGUUCAUCAAAUUCCUCAAGAUCAAGCUUCCCCUGUUGGACAUCAACAUGUAACCACAAUUAACCAUCCACCUCCUCCAGCCCCAGCAUACCCAAUAGCUGCAAGUCAGGGAAAUAAUCACGAUUCUGAACUAAGCAAAUCUAAUGGAAAUUAUUGGAACACUCGAUCAUCAUCAAUAGAUAAUUAUAGUAAAAUGCGUAAAAUGAAGGAAGCAGAGAAAGAGGGUCUCAUGGUUUUACCCAUGUCUCGAUUAAAUAUAAAUUCACGAGCAGAUAGUGCAUCCAAACGAGAAUAUAGCGUUAUGAAGGUGAAAAAGGGUAAAAAGUAUAAAAAGGUUUACAAGAAGUACAAGUCCAAGAAGAAGAAGAAGAAGAAGUGCAAAAAAAAGAAGAAGUGUAAAAAAGUGAAAAAGUGCAAGGCCAAGAAAAAGAAGUGCAAAAAGCCCAAGAAAAAGAAAUGCUGUGAAGCUGAAAAGGAGUGGGGCGAAUGGGGCUGGCCAGAGAUGGAGAUUGUCUACAAGAAGCCAAAGAAAAGUAAAGGUGGAUGGAGUUCCUGGGGAGGUUAUGGAGACUCUUAUGGUACUUUUGAUUCCAAGGAGCCUGAAUAUCUCAAUGCAAAGGAUAUCCUAGGAGCAGAGUAUUUAGCUGAAUCACCAAUAUCGGGUCAUGAUAUUUGGAUACCUGAGAAGAAGGAACCACCAAGUGGACAUUCAGAGGAAGAAGAAGACGAUCACGAAGAAGAGGAAGAAGACGAUCAGAAAGAAGAUAGAGAAGACAAAGAGAUAGCUAAAGUUGAACCAAUGAGUGCAGUUAAGCAAAGAGAAGCUGCUGGUUUAACUGAAAAUGGUGAAAAUUCAAAUGUUCAAAAGUCUCAACAGUCUUCACAAGGAAAAGUAUUUAAACCAGUAACUAAAUAUGAAGUUGAUCGACCUUAUGAAGUUCACGAAGUUGAUAUGUAUUCACCUAAAUUUGAAAACGAUCCACUCAAUUUUGGAAUCUCAUCAUUAGGUAAUAUAGAUCCUUUGAUGAAUACGGGACGUUUAGAUGCAAGGUUUCCUGGUUUAACUGGACCCUUUGCUGGCCAAGAGAAUGGCGAUAGUAAAGUUGACAUUGAAAUGAAAACUGGUAAAGGUUCAAAAUUAAAUACAAGAUCCGAUGGAUUGUCACAUAAUAAUGAUGAAGGUAUGAUGGUUAAUGAUGAAAACAAGUGGAAAAAGCGUCCACCCCAAUAUCCAGAAGUAAUUGAUGGUGACGAUGUAUCAACAUCUCAACAUCAUCAUGGCAAAGCAUCAACUCAACAACAACAACAACAACAACAACAAUCACGCGGAGACACAAGAGACCGGUCAACUGUAAACAAUGGAGUUGGUCGAGGUCAAGUUGAAGGGGGGUCAUCUGAUUGGAAGAAGACGAAUGAAGUAGAUGAACCGUGGAAAGCAACUGAAGCUCGGGUUGAAGGAGAAAGAUGGUCAACUGAUAUAAUUCAUCGCAGUGAUUGGAGAGUUGGUGCUAAACAGCCUCCACCAAAAAAUGAAGAUAACAUUGACCCUUAAAACCUCUACCGGGUUCACCUUUGCUACAUAAUAUAUAAAUAUACAAACAUUUUCAACACUAUUUGUUGAUCACAACCCAACGAUUUGAAAAAAAAUUAAAGUUCAAUAAGUUCAUAAGAUGUUUACGCAUCUUCUUCCCAAUUGCAUCUACAAAUACAUUUGAAAACUUGAUAUCAUCAGAUUACCAUCUUAUCCACCAAUGAUUAAUGAACUGUCAAUAAAUAAAUUCAUAAUCUCUACAAUCAACAGCAAGAAAAAAGUACAGUAGCAGCAACAAUAACAACAUCAAUAAUAAACUACAAAAAACGUUGACGUUUCUUAAUAAAUGAACCAUUGAUUAAUUAAACAUGAAACCUAUUUUCAUAUCUAAAUGUUGAUAAUAAAUGUUUAACAAAUGCU